GCAGCAUCAUAAUAGUGCUGUUACAAUAGUUACAGGCCGGCUACUUCUGCUACUGCCCCGUUUUCUCGUUGCUUCUACAGGAUGUCUGCGGCAGCUUAUCGACAGCAACUCUCUAGCUUGGCAGUCGCUGGAGGUUCGCCUAAAGAUCAAGCAGAAAGGUAUAGAGCGGUUCUUGAGAGCAUUCUGAAGAAUUCUGGACAGGAACUCGUAGAAGGACUGAAAGUUUUCGUCGAAGCUAUUGUUAACGAGAAUGUGAGCCUUGUGAUAUCUCGACAACUCCUUACUGAUGUUGGCAACCACCUGUCUUCACUACCGGAUGAUGUUUCAAAAUGCGUUUCUCAUUUCACACUGGAUAAAGUUCAACCUCGGGUUGUGUCUUUUGAAGAACAGGUGGCAAGCAUUCGACAACACCUAGCUGAAAUUUAUGUGCAAGAGCAAAGUUGGAGAGAAGCAGCCAGUGUGCUCGUUGGAAUUCCACUGGAAACUGGGCAGAAGCAAUACUCUGUCGACUACAAACUUGAGACAUACCUGAAAAUUGCUCGCCUUUACCUGGAGGAUGAGGACCCCGUUCAGGCUGAGGCAUACAUCAACCGAGCCUCGCUGCUCCAAGCAGAAACCAAAAAUGAGCAGUUGCAAAUCUACUACAAGGUAUGCUAUGCCAGAGUAUUGGACUACAGACGCAAAUUUAUCGAGGCAGCUCAGCGGUACAGUGAGCUCUCGUACAAGCCAAUAAUUCAUGAGGCCGAACGAAUGACUGCUCUCAGGAAUGCUCUCAUUUGUACAAUCCUGGCCUCUGCUGGUCAACAAAGAUCACGUAUGCUGGCCACACUGUUCAAAGAUGAGAGGUGUCAGCAGCUACCUGCCUACAACAUUCUGGAAAAGAUGUAUCUAGAUCGCAUCAUCAGGAGGAGUGAGCUGGAAGAAUUUUCAGCGCUAUUGCAGUCACACCAAAAGGCGACAAUAGCUGAUGGAAGCACAAUAUUGAACAGAGCUGUAGUGGAGCACAAUUUGUUGUCAGCCAGCAAACUUUACAAUAACAUCACAUUUGAAGAGCUGGGUGCUCUGCUGGAAAUACCAUCAUCUAAGGCAGAGAAAAUAGCUUCACAGAUGAUCACUGAAAGCAGAAUGAAUGGCUACAUUGACCAGAUUGAUUCUAUUGUCCAUUUUGAAAGCCGUGAGGUCUUACCAUCGUGGAACCAACAGAUCCAGAGUCUCUGCUUCCAGGUGAACAACAUCAUUGAGAAGAUUGGUUCCGUUGCACCCAACUGGAUGAGUCAGGCAUUAGAAGAGCACAUGGCCACUUAAAUAUGAUCUUGAGUUUGUCGUUUU